UAGUGGAUACAUUACCAAAUGGCUCAAUCAUCUAGGCACGUUUCCUAUGUUGAGGCUACAGUUCCAAUAACUAUUGUCAUGACAGUGUUAUGCUUGAUUCUAGCCAAUGCCGUGACCCAUGCCCGAAGACCGACCACUUACAUUGUGGGAGGAGAAGACGGUUGGGACCCGGUUAUUCCGAUGGACAGUUGGGCACAAGGCAAAACCUUUUAUGCUGGUGAUAUCCUCGAAUUCAAGUACGAUUAUCAGAGAUUCAAUAUGGUUGUGGUAAACCGAACGGGUUAUGAAACUUGUCAAGCGAACGAUGGAGCGGAAGAGUAUUACUCAGGUGACGAUAAGAUCCAACUUCAUUACGGUUAUAACUAUUUCAUCGGAACGUAUACUCCCGAGGAUUGUACCACCGGUUUAAAGUUGGCCGUCAACGCAUUAUAAGCAUUGGCUCCAAAAUAAAAUUAAAUGAAACAAAUUACUAUAUAAUGAGUGGUAUUCUGGUAUUGUAAGUUUUAUAU